AUGUCGGUCGCAUCUUCCUCGUCAUCGCAAAAGCUCAAAGUCGGCCUGCUCGGUGCUACGGGCACGGUGGGUCAACGCUUCAUCCUGCAGCUCGCUGCUCAUCCGCAGUUCGAGCUUGCUGCGCUAGGCGCAUCGUCCUCUUCGGCGGGCAAGCCGUACAUCCAAGCAGUUCAGGGGAGGUGGAAGCAGAUCCGCCGAGUUCCGGACAAUGUGGCGCAGAUGCCCGUAUACGAAUGCAAGCCGGAGCACUUUGCAGAAUGCCAAGUGGUUUUCUCUGGUCUCGACUCCGGACCUGCUGGACCUGUGGAGGAUGCCUUCCGGAAAGCCGAGUUGAGGGUAUUCUCCAACGCGAAAAACUAUCGCACCGAUCCGUUGUGCCCAUUGGUGGUUCCUCUGGUCAAUCCGGAACAUAUGCAGAUCUUGCCAUAUCAACGACAGCAGGUGGGAACUAAGAAGGGAUUCAUCGUCACCAAUGCGAACUGCUCCACCACCGGUAUCGUUGUACCCUUGAAGGCGCUGGAAGCCAAGUUCGGACCGCUGGACAAGAUUCUGGUCAACACGAUGCAGGCUAUCUCCGGUGCAGGCUACCCCGGUGUGUCUUCGCUCGACAUCUUGGACAACGUCGUACCGUUCAUCAGCGGCGAAGAGGAAAAGAUCGAGUGGGAGACGGCCAAGAUCUUGGGUGGCAUCAAGUCGGACAAGACUGCAUUCGACUAUCACGAAGAGCACCCGCUCAAGGUCUCUGCUCACUGCAACCGUGUCCCUGUCAUCGACGGUCACAUGGAGUGCGUCUCGGUCUCGUUCAAGAACCGACCCGCACCGUCUGUAGAGCAAGUCAAAAAGUGUCUGGAAGAGUUCACCACGGAAGCGCAAAAGAUCGGUGUCCACUCGGCGCCCAAACAGGCCAUCACGGUGCACGAGGAGCAGGAUCGCCCACAACCACGUCUGGACCGUGACUGGCAGAACGGCGCUGGUGUCAACGUGGGAAGGGUGCGCGAAUGCCCCGUCUUUGACAUCAAGUUUGUGGUGCUCUCCAACAACGUCAUGAUCGGCGCCGCCACGAGCUCGGUGAUGAACGCAGAGAUCGCCCUCGCCAAGGGAUUCCUCUCGUGA